AAAUGCCACCCAAACACAAGUACUCCCACCCCGACGAUCAUCUAUGCCUUGUGUCACUGGUCUCCGAUCGCCCCGUAUCUCUCUAAUCUCGAUCUUCCUGGUCUCGGAACGCCACCCUAGUUCCUCGCAACGCCAUUGACAUCCCCCAGUUCAUUGCUGGUGCUGGAAACAAACCGUCCCAGUCCCAUCAUCUCCACUUCUGUUCAUCUACCCCGAAAAUCUUCUCUGUUCCUCGAACCAAGUCUCCCUUGUAGUUGAUCUUCUCAGGAAGUAGGGGGGUUUUGGUUGAAAGAAUUGGGGGGAUUAUAUGAUGAUGUCACGAUUAAUAACUGGCAAUGAGAGAGUGUUUUGGGGAGGGUUGUUGGUUAUAUUUGGGUCCACUUUCUUUGGUGGUUUCCUUUAUACUGCAGUUAUAUCAAAGCUACUCCCUCAUUCGGAUAAUGCUAUUAUCUUUGCAAUACAAAAUGACAGGUAUUAUUGCUUCUUGGUGCCUUUGACACUUCCUGUGCUUGUGUUUGCUGUAUACCUGUACUGGCUUAGCAUGAAAAUGUUUAAGCAUUCAUGACCUCAAAUCUCCAAUGAUAAUUAAUGGUUAUCAUAUACUGACAUGCAUUGGAUUGAGACUAAUGUUGAUCAGACAAAAUUACAAAUUUUUUUAUCCGGGACAAAGAUAAGAGUAUUAAAAAUAUUUUGUAAUUGUAGUGUAAUUUGGAGCU